UUUUGACGUCUGUCCGCUACAUCGCGCCGCCUGCUUGUGGACUCGUGUGCUUGCCCUGACUUUUCUUCUGUCUUUCGACGAGCUUUGCGCCUUGCUCUUGCUCCAGAAUGGCAAAAGCAGAGGAAAAACGCGAGCACGUGGGAUUGAAGAAAGAGCUCGGGCUUUUCAGUGCGGUGAGCGUCAUUGUUGCCGUCAUGAUCGGCUCGGGCAUCUUCGUGUCACCAUCGAGUGCCUUGGCACGCUCGGGCUCGGUCGGCCUCAGCCUCAUCGUGUGGACCGUCUCCGGCUUCCUCUCGCUCCUCGGCGCCCUGGCGUUCGCCGAGCUGAGCGCCAUGGUGCCGCGGUCCGGUGCCGAGUACGCCUACUUCCUCGAGGCCUUCGUGCCCCUGCAUUCCUACUUCGGCCAGCUGCCGGCCUUCAUCUGCGCCUGGAUCUUCAUCUUCGUCCUGAGGCCCGCCGAGGUCGCCGUCAUUACACUGACCUUCGCCGAGUACUUUGUCCAACCGUUCAUCCCCUACUUCGGCCACAUCGAGCCCGAAAGCUGGCAUCAGGUAAAGAAGCUCGUCGCCAUAAUGACACUGGGUCUGAUGGUUUACAUCAACAUGACUAGCGUCAAACUGUAUGUGAGAAUGCAGAAUAUUUUUAUGAUAUUCAAAAUAGGCGCUUGCAUGCUCGUCAUCGUCGGCGGUAUCUGGUGGCUUGCGACCGGGCACACGGAGCUCCUAAACGAGCCCUUCAAAGACUCAACCACCUCACCAGGUCAAAUCGCCCUCGCCUUCUACAGCGGUCUGUGGGCGUACGACGGAUGGUCGGCUUCGGCGGUGGUUGCCGAGGAGGUCCAACAUCCCGAGAUCAACAUACUGCGCAGUAUACUCAUAGCGGUACCCAUUGUCACCGUCCUCUAUGUCUCCAUGAAUCUCAUGUACAUGUCGGUCCUCACCAAGGCUGAGAUGAUAAGCGCCCCGGCUGUGGUCGUCGUCUGGGCCGCGAAGGUGCUGCCGUCCUGGAUGAGCUUCGUCAUUCCCCUUGGCGUCGCGGUCUCGACCUUCGGCUGCGGCCUCAGCGUCCAGUUUGGCGUCACAAGGCUCUGCUACGUUGCGGGCAGAGAAGGACACGUGCCGCGCUUCUUCAGUUGGGUGCACUUCGAGCGAAUGACUCCCGCCGUUGCCGUUGCUCAACAAGGAGCGCUUACACUUGCUUGCCUCUGCAUUGGAAAUACAAUCGAUAUUAUCGAGUUUGUCAGCGUAAUUAUUUGGAUCUUUUAUGGACUCGCGAUGGUAGCCCUUAUUGUUCUGCGAAGGAGUAAUAAGCCGUUGUGUGGUAGAAAUCGCCUUGUCCCUAUUGAGAUACCCUGGGUUGUCUUGCUCAUCUCCAUUUUUCUGGCUUUUCUCCCAAUACUGGACACCCCUAGCCAGUCUUAUGCAGUCGUCAUUGCCAUAGUUGCUAUUGGAUGUGUCGUACACUAUGUAUACGUUUACAAGAAGAGGAAAAACAAAUUUAUGCGGAAAUUAACGUAUCUAGUCCAAAUGUUAUUUAUGGUUGUCGCACCUGAUGAAACGGAGAAUAAAACAGGUAUAAGAAAUUAAUUGAAGGAAUAACAAAGAAGGUCAAUAACAGGUAAAGCAAGCCCCAUUGUGCAGUUAAUGUGUAACAUUUCAACAAGAGGCUGUGAAAGCAUAUAUCUUAAGUAUUUUAACAUUUAUUGUUGAUUAAUAAAAACACAACCAGG